AUGUUCCACGAUGGCGAUCUGACCAGCGGAAUCACCAAGGCUGUACAAGGCAACAAGCUCGUCGUAUGCUUCGUCCGAGCGGAAGACGACGAAGCGAGUGAUCUCUGGGAGAAUGAAUGGCUCAGCAAGCCGGUCGAUGCCGAAUCAACCACCACUUUCGGCCAACAACUCUCGACAAAGGCCGUCAUUCUGCGAUUACGGUACGGAACUCAAGAAGCAAACUUCCUCAAUGCGUUUUGUCAAAUCACAGAGCCGCCAACGCUGGUCGUCGUUCACAAUGGCCAAGUGCUGGAGAAGGUAGAAGGAGACGUCACAAAGGAAGAAUUUAUUGCUCGGAUAAGGAAAGCCACGAAAAUGGGAGGUGAGACUUCUUGGUCAUGGAUACCGUCGACGACAUCACAAGCUGCAGCACAGACUGUUCAGUCCUCGCCUGCAGCCUCAAGUUCAUCGCAACAACCUCGGGCACAGCAACACGCAGCUGAACAAUCCCGUCGCGACGCCGCUCAGAAGGCCGAACGUGCCGCUGCACGAGAGAAACAGCUCGAGGAGGCAACUGCCGCCAACCCCGCUGCUGCCGCGGAAGCCCGUUCACGGAGAGAUUGGCUCUUUCAACAGAAGAAGAGAAACGAAGAAGCCAAACGUGAGAAAGAGCGGGUUCUGGCACAGAUCGAAGCGGACAAGCAGAACCGUAAAGCAAGGACGCAAGCGCAACGUGAUGCUCGCCUACCGCCAUCAAAAUCAAUCGACGAUCCUUCCCAAUCAACGACACCAAGCUCAAAACCAACUUCCUCGCCUCUCCACACAGCCUCCCAAGUCAGCCUCCAAAUCCGCCUCUUCGACGGCAGCUCCAUCAAAUCCCGCUUUCCGCCCACCGCCACCCUCGCCGCCGACGUCCGCCAAUGGAUCUCCUCCACCGUCUCCACCACCGUCCAACCCACUGAUACUCCCUACACCUUCCGCCAGAUCCUCAGCCCGGCCCAACCCCGCGCCAUCGGCGUCUCCGAAGAACACCAAUCCCUCCGCGCCCUAGAUCUCAUCCCCAGCGCAACACUCGUCCUCGUCCCCGUGAGUGGAUACGCCGAUGCCUACGGCGGCGCAGCAGGAGGAGGCUAUCUCGGCGCAGCAUGGAACCUGGCCUCUGAACUCCUCGGUUCCGUCGCCGGGAUCGUCCCCGGUCUCGGCGGACUCGCAGGUCCCGCCAGCACCGCCCCUCCCCCGCCCAGCGACGCCGCGGCGCCAUCGUCACCCCUCGGCACCGCCUCCGCGGCCACCGCCGCCUCCGCGCGCCCCAAGGUGAAAACCCUCGCCGAUCAACGCGCCGAGGAAGCUGCGGCCGAAACCCACGCCCGGACCGGCGCCGACCACGACGAGGAGAACCGCGGCGAGACGGAAUUCUACAACGGGAAUUCCCUCGGUUUCGAGGGCCGUCCUCGCAACGACGAUGAUGGUUCCCACCAUCGUGACGAUGAGGCGAAAGGCAGCACGAAGAGGAGGACCGGGAAAGGGAAGGACCGGGACGAUUAA